AUGGGCUGUGGUUUCAGGUACAAUGGCGAGGAGGAGCUUGCCACUUCCUCCUUCAGCUCGCCAUCAGCAUCCAAGAAAUUCAAGGCGUCUGCCACGCCACCAGCAUCGACAGGCGUCUCGAUGAGCGCACAAGGCGCAUCUCUUCAGUUUGCGACGCCGAUGCACAAGGCGCUAAAUGGCGCCCCCUCAUCUGCGUCGUGGGCUCCGGGCAAGAACUACAAGCUUGGCCAGCAGCCACCGGACAUGACUCAAUUGAUGAUGGCCGCAGCAGCACAGGAGGCCCUCGACAACGGCGCCUCCGAUGACGAGGCCGUCGAGGCGGCAAAGAACGCCGUUUUACUCGGCUCCAACCCGCGCGCCAUGCACCUCACCAGCAUGGACACGGGGGGCAUGUCGGCAGAGGAGAUCGCCAUGCUUUACAAACCUCCAGCCCGAGGGCUUUUCUCCUCGCUGCCGAAUCCAUUCACCUCCUUGUUUUAA